AUGACGAAGCGCCGUCCGUCAAACAAAAAGCCGACCGGGGCCAACAAGUCUCUCGGGAACUCGCUUCUGAAUGAGCGAGUUAGAGUUCGGCAAGCUCAUCAGCGGUCGAAAUAUGAUGGAGAAGAGAUAGAAAACCCUGCCUUCAUGGAUGUUGAGGCCAAUAAAUAUAUUGAUUCAAUCACCGACGAAACAAGCUUGGAAGAAUUUCUAGCAAAAGCAGAAUUGGCUGGCACUGAAUUUACUGCUGAACGACAGCAGUUCCGCGUUAUCGAGAAAGACACGCCAUUGGUGGUUCCUUCUCGUAUUGACUACGAAAACAAUCUCGAGCUUCAGCGACAGCUUGAGCAUAGGUUGAAGAUCCCCAGAAGACCGGCACGAGAACUCUAUAAUACGGCUGAGGAACUUACACGAUUAGAAAACGAAAGUUUUCUGAAGUGGAGGUCGGAUUUAGCUGAGCUCCAAGAGAAUGACGGUGUGGCGCUCACGCCAUUCGAAAGGAAUCCUGAUAUGUGGAGAGAACUCUGGAGAGUUGUGGAGCGUAGUGAUAUUGUUGUACAG